AUGCAGGGAGCAUUUUGGAAAGUAUGCGUUCUUCUUGGAAAAAAGGAAGGUGGUCGUGGCAGUCAAGAACUUGGAGCCUUUGUUAGUAAGCCCUUUAUAAAUUGGAAGUCCGCUUUAGAAGCCUUUGAUCAUCAUGCAAACGCAAAAUAUCAUAAAUUUGCUAUCGAGCAGGCAGCAAAUUUUGUAAAGGUAGCGGAAGGCAAAGUGGUUGAUGUUGCCGAAUCAGUCAAUGUGGAAAACAGCAAAAUUGCUCAAGAAAACAGGAAAAGAUUAAAAGCCAUCGUAGAAACGAUUCUUUUAUGCGGAAGACAAGAACUCGCUUUAAGGGGAAGCUGUGACUCUGGUGAAAUUGGAAAAAAUGACCCCGCUCAUAAUGAUGGAAACUUUAGAGCACUGCUUCGUGCUCGCUCUGGCGAUGAGGUACUUAAGAAGCAUUUACUAACACAAUCAAUACACAGUCGAGCCAUGUAUACCUCAUCACAGAUUCAAAAUGAAAUAAUUGAACUAUCCGGUAAGACAAUUCAAGAUAAACUCUUAGAAAGGGUAAAAAAGGCAGGCUAUUUCAGUGUACUAGCUGAUGAAACACAAGAUAUAUCACGACGAGAACAAAUAGCUUUGUGUGUGCGAUACGUAGACUGUUCAUCUGGAAAAGCAGUUAUCCGGGAAGAUUUUGUUGAAUUUAUAAGCGUAGAAGAUGUUUCUGCUCAAGCAUUAGCAACGACCAUAAUAACACAUCUUGUAUCCUAUAAUUUAGAUAUGUAUAAAUUUAUAGGGCAAGGAUAUGAUGGCGCUGCAGAGAUGAGUGGUCGAUUACGAGGUGUGAGAACAAUAAUCGCAGAGCAGUAUCCAAAAGCGCAAUUCGUGCAUUGCGUGGCUCAUGUACUGAACUUAGUAUUAGUUCAUUCAUGUGAAGUACCUAUGAUAAGGAACUGUCUAGGAACUAUAAAAUCCGUAAUCAACUUCUUCCGACAAUCUCCACUACGGGAUGGUCAAUUAAAGAAAAUUGCCGAUGAAAACAACUUUGAACAUUCCACCCUUAUCGGUCUUUGUGAAACACGUUGGACAGAAAAACAUGUAGCUGUCGAAAGGUUCGCAGAAAUGCUACCCGUUGCACGUGCAACGCUUGAGACACUUCAAAGCACUGGUCUUUCAGACGUCGCCACACAAGCUUUUCAGCUGCAGACAGCUGUGGACAAUAGCCAAUUUAUAGUAUCUUUGGUCAUACUCAGAAAAGUAUUUUCGUAUUUGAUUAAGGUGAUGCAGAAGGUGAAUGUUGAUUUAAUAGCCACUUGGAGUUAUGCGAAAACUGUCAGUACAACCAUAGGAAGCAUUAGAAACGAGACACAAUUCUCCAUACUUUUCGAGGAAGCAAAGAGAAUGAGCUCGAACGAAAUAGUUGUCCCAAGAAUGGCCGCAAGAGCGUCCCAACGCAACAAUGUACCUGGAGAAACUGCCGAAAUUUACUAUCGGCGAAAUGUGUUUUAUCCGUUUAUAUACCGUGUGGUAACCGAACUAGGCGCAAAAGAUUAA